CCGUCUGUCUGUCUGUCUGCGUCUUGGCACUCUCAGCUUCUGGUUUCUGAACCACGUCUGUCUGUGUGUCUGCUUGCAACAAUCCCACGAACUUUCGGCCAGCCUGCCUAGAUCUCCCAGAGAUUCAGUUUCCCCUUUCGCUGGCUUGUGAUCAGCCUCUGUGGCUAGAUUCCAGCUGGGCCGCCUUCCACAGGUCGCCCGGGAUGGGGAAGGAAACUAUUUUUGGGUGACGCUUUGAUGUUGAGUCAGCAGCCGUCGACGCAAAAGCCCCACACCAGCUCCCUGGGAGCUGCGGCGAAGGCUGCUCCCCAUCUGAGAAAUUGAAUGCAGGCAUGAAGCUGGCAAGCAAGGGUUCCUCAGCGACGACAUGGCGACGGGUCCCUGCGAGAUCCUGGAGCGGAGCGAGGAGUCUCCAGAUUCUUUGAAAGAGCCUCCGGUCCAGAAGCCAUUGAAGGAGGAGAUAAAAGAAGAUGCCGCAAUACCAGUAAGUAAAGAAGAGAUCAACAGCACCCCAAACGGUAUAGAGAGGAAGGAUGUAGACAGGCUUCACGUGGUCGAGCAAGACCUCGAUGAGUUCGUGGACAGCAUCGGAGAAGCAGCUUCCUCCACGCUUCCCGAGCCGUCGCUGGAAGCGGAGGAGCCCCCAGCUCCCGAGAAGGUCCCCGCAAAACAGCCCCGAGCUGAGCAAGUGGCGGAAAAAGUCCUGCGGGCUGAAAGGGUGGUGGAGAGAGCACCCCGAGCAGAAAAAAACUCCGGGAUGGAUAAGGUGGCUGAGAAGGUUCCCCGAUCGGAGAAGGCGCCCCGUGUUGAGAAGACGGCACGGGCAGAGAAGCCGGCAGAGAAAGUGCGGCCUGCAGCUCCAGCAGCCACAAAGACUGUCCCGGCUAAGAGGAAAGCAGAGGCCCGCACUGCAGGGCCAACAAAGGACACACUCCCUUGGGAGGGCCUGACCCUGAACAAAUGCCUCGUGGUCGCCUCCUGCCUCGCCCUCCUCAGUGUCAGCUGCCAGGUGGUUCAAGACAUUGUCGACUACGGUGGGGAAAUCCUUGAGGCCGAGUUGAGCGCUUGGACAUCUCAAGACGGCAGCGUUGGGGAAGCGGAAGAACUCUGGUUUUAUGAGAGGUGGCUGAACUGGUCGGACAUGGACGAACCACCUGACAUUGAGGAGGAGGAGGAGGAGGAGGAGGAAGAGGAAAGCCUCGAAGUCGAAGAGGAGGAGCCCACUGAAGAGGAGGAGGAGCCAGAGGAAGAGGAGGAGGAGCCAGAGGAGGGAGGGGGAGGAGCUAAAGUCAAGCAGAGGAAAAGGCCGGAGAAAGCUACCCGGAGAGAGAGGGUCUCCAAGGAGAAGUCCCAGAAAGGUCGCAAGGACCUAGAGGAAGAGGAGGAGGAGGAGGAAGAGGAAGAGGAGCCUGUUCGCAGCAAGCGGCCUCUGCGGGAGGGGAAGCGGAAAGAGCAGCGCGAGGAGAGGAGGAGCCGACAGCCCAAACCCGAAGCCAAGGCCCACAAGCAGGAGGAAGGGAAGGGGCGCCCCAAGGACGGGCGCGACCGUGGGAAAGAGCGGGACCACAAGGCCCACGAGCAGAGAGGCCGGAAGCCCUUGCGGGUGCAGCGCCCGCUCUUCCCCCUGCAGAAGCCUGCCAGGCGGCACGACUGAGACCCCUCCGCCGUGGGAAGCAGCGCUCCCAAACACCCCCUGCCCCCUCGAACAGGCGGGCGCAGGGGCCCAGGCAACUCUGGAGCAGUGCGAGACCCGCUUGCUUGCGUCUCACAAACUUCCCCUUGGCCCCACUUCCCAGACAUGUAAUACCGAGGCCCUGCCACCUGCAGAGGGAUCUUGGGCCACGGCCAAGGACUUGUCUGCCCAGCCCAGGAGAUCCCUCUGACCUCAAGAAAGCCUCUCCCACCCCACCCCCAUUUUCUUCUCUCUUUUUUGGGGUGUUCACGCCUCCCUCCCAAUAACGGGGCAGGGGGAGGCGCCCCGCAACGGCAAGGAGAAGUUGCAGUGUUUGCUAAACCGGCUUGUGACGGACGGUGAGGCCUUUGUGCUAGACUCUGCUGCUUUGGUAGAUGGAAGACCCCCCCCCCCCGAAACCUUGAGAUAUCGCCCCCUAAGCAGUGGGGUUGGCUCACACAUCCACACCCCAUACAUCAGUGCCUGGAAAAAAAGACAGAUUGAACCAUCCAUUCCUCCUUUGUCACAAAGCAGUUUUCAGAGGUGGUGUGAAUCCUGAUUCCUCUCCAUCGUGUUUGCAGUCUUAAAUUCAGCUCCCACCUUUUAUUCUCCAGCCAAUUUUCUCGAUUUUUCCCCCUUAAAAGAACUCUUCUCUUUUCUCCCCACCCCUUUGGCUUAAAUCUGUUUAUAAUACAUCGGUUAAAUAAAAGUUUCAGACAUGUA